UUGCUGCCAGGGCACCACGCCUGGGGGACACAAUGAAGUGACGGACUCGUUGCUUUGGGGGACGGUGUUGGCUGCCGGACACAGUUCCUGCCAGGCCUGCCCGGCAUCGGGGAUCUCCGCUGUGACCCCCGUGUGACCCUACAGGCAAGGAAGCCGCACAGGGACUCCAGCAGGAUGCUUGUCGGUGCCAUGCUGCCCCGAGGGACGGUGGCCUUCCGGCGCCUGGCCUGCACCAUGGCCUCCUGCCGUCCAGCACCUAGGAGGCACCGAGGACACGGCCUCCUGCACACGGCCACCACUGCCCGCUCAGGGGCAGCCGCCCCUGUGUUCACCCAGGCCCCGGGCUUCGGGGACAGGGUCGCCCUCAUUGACCAGCACGGCUGCCAUACCUACCGGGACCUGUACCUCCGAAGUCUGCACCUGUCUCAGGAGAUCCUCCGCCUCCGCGGCUGUGUGGAUGGAGACCUGCAGGACGAGAGGGUCUCCUUCCUGUGCUCCAACGAUGUCUCCUAUGUGGUCGCCCAGUGGGCCUCGUGGAUGAGCGGCGGCAUCGCGGUCCCCCUCUUCCCUAAGCACCCCCCGGCACAGCUGGAGUACUUCAUCGAGGACUCCCGCAGCUCUGUGGUGCUGGCGGGGCCAGAGCACGUGCAGCUGGUGGGCCCAGUGGCCGAGAGGCUGGGGGUGCCGCUCCUGUCCCUCCCUCCCACCGUCUACCAAGGGGCCGCGGGGGAGCCAGCAGCGGUGGCGCCAGUGCAGGAGCGCAAGUGGCAAGACCGGGGCGCCAUGAUCAUCUACACCAGCGGGACCACAGGGCGGCCCAAGGGUGUGCUGAGCACCCACCGCAACCUUACAGCCAUGGUGACCGGGCUGGUACACGCAUGGGCGUGGACGAGAGACGACGUGAUUCUGCACGUCCUCCCACUGCACCACAUGCACGGCGUGGUCAACAAGCUGCUGUGCCCGCUCUGGGUAGGAGCCACCUGCAUGAUGCUGCCUGAGUUCAGUGCACAGCAGGUCUGGGAAAAGUUCCUGAGCCUGGAGACUCCCCGAGUUAACGUGUUUAUGGCGGUACCCACCAUAUACUCCAAACUGCUGGAUUACUAUGACCAGCACUUCACCCAGCCUCACGUCCGGGACUUCGUGCGUGCAAUUUGUGAAGAAAAGAUCAGGCUCAUGGUGUCUGGCUCAGCCGCCCUGCCUGUGCCCCUGCUGGAGAGGUGGAAGAGAGCCACUAGCCACACGCUGCUGGAGCGCUAUGGCAUGACCGAGGUCGGCAUGGCCCUGUCCAGCCCCCUGGCCGGGCCUCGCCUGCCAGGUUCCGUGGGGACCCCACUGCCCAAAGUGGAGGUUCGCAUCGUCUCCGAGAGCCCACAGAGGAAUGGCUGCCCCUACACCGUGCACGCGGAGGGGGAUGCACAGGGGACAAAGUCACUCGCUGACAGGAGGGCCCAGCACAGCCAGGGCAACAAGGUCCUCAGCAGGUGGCCUGUGUAUUGGAGAUCCGGUCUCGUCCACCUCCAGCAAUGGCUGCAUUUUCCUUGGCUCACUCCCUGCACCCCAUCCCUCUGCGGUGGCUUCCUCAUGGGUACCCUCACCAGGCUCCACGCUGCCAUCCCACAGGUGACCCCAGGGCUCGAGGAGAAGGAAGGGGAGCUGCUGGUCAGGGGACCCUCCGUGUUUCGGGAGUACUGGGAUAAACCAGAAGAAACGAAGUGUGCCUUCACCCCAGAUGGCUGGUUCAGGACAGGGGACACCGCCGUGUUCAAAGACGGCAGUUACUGGAUCCGAGGCCGCACGUCUGUGGACAUCAUCAAGACCGGAGGGUACAAAGUCAGCGCGCUGGAGGUCGAGCGGCACCUGCUGGCCCACCCCAGCAUCGCAGAUGUAGCCGUGAUUGGCAUUCCUGACAUGACAUGGGGCCAGCGGGUCACAGCCGUGGUGGCCCUGAAGGCAGGACGCUCACUGUCCCACAGCGAACUCAAGCACUGGGCCAGGCACUUCCUGGCUCCCUACGCAGUGCCCUCAGAGCUCCUGCUGGUGGAGGAGAUCCCACGGAACCAGAUGGGCAAGAUCAACAAGAAGGACCUGGUCAGGCAGUUCUUCCCUGAGUCCGGCCAGGGACCAGCACCUACCAUGGACCAGGGCCCAGCGCCCUCUGGAUAGGACCCGGAUCAGGCCGACCAGAGUCAGGACGAUGCGGAGCAAAAUCCCUGUGAGAUGCCUCCCCAGGCCCAGGCUGCCACCACACUCACAGCAGCUCCAGCUGUCCCGUGUCCAGGAGGCCAGCCACCUCCAGUGGCCGAGGCUGCCAGGCAUGCCCCAGAGCAGGUCCUUGAUGCAUGGGCACCUCCAAGCUGUGUGGCUGGGUGCCCUGUGGGGGGACAGCCCACCAGUCCUGCCCCUGUGCCUACCACGUGCACCCUGGGAAGCUCGGCGUCCUCCGGGCUGUCCCCAGAUGCAGAACUUGCUGGGCUUCCUGUCACCUCUCCUCACAUACUCGCUCCAGCCUGCUCAUCUCCAGCUCUGCCCCCCGCAGCCCACACAAGGGACCCACGCAGAGCCCGGCAGGCUGUGGGAGGUGUCAGCCACCUAUGAGCUGAGCCACACCGUCACAUCCUCUCAGGGUGAUUGGUAGGUCCCACUGGAGUCUCAGACACAGUGGUCUCCAGCCACUGUGACCUUGUGCUGUCCCCGCAGCUGGCCCAGGAGUCCACUCUUUCCCAGGUGCUCCCCACUGGGGGCCCACAGGACAGCCCGGGCCAUGGGCAGCUGCGUAGGUGCCUUCUGCUGGGAACCCUUUGACCACCACACUGCCAGGUUGGGUGUGCUGGUUUCACACUUUGACCUCUUUAGUUUGAUCCCUAAAAAGGUUUCCAUGACCAUCUGA